UCCAACUUGGCUACUCGAUGAGAGCGAAUUUAACGCGUUGCUCGAACUGCUAGACACAAAUGAUCAUAAUCUACAAAAUAUAACCAUACCAGUGUAUGGUAGAUCUAAGGAUAUUGUGACAUCUCCGGUAACUGGUGCAGUGCAGAAAGCAAAGAGUUGGUUAAAAAAUUUCAGACCAGAAAUUUUUUCUUUUAAAUCUUCAUUGACUGAUUUGUUUUUGCUGAUUACUGAAGCAAAAGACAAAUACAUAUAUUUAUCGAAUGCGAUGCAGAAAGGAAGAUUUCAAACACAGGCUAUUUUUGGAAGUAAAUUUGCUGCAGAAUUUCCUAGGAAAAAAGCAUCAUGUAGUAAUGGCUGUGGGUGUGGCAUCUACGACAAACAGAAUGGAUCUAGAGGAAUUGAUCUUGUUCUAGAUUCACAAAAUUUAGAUGUGGUUAAUCCUGUUAGCGGUCAUGCAUUCAAAGUUGACAACAGUACUGUUGCUAUUAUACCAGAUUCAGAGAACAUGCAAAUGUACAUAAUUAUUGUCCGUAAUGUACGAUUUAUUAAUGAAAACCUUCAGAAAAAUGUCGGCACUGUACUUCAGUCUGGAGAUUUCCUUGCUAAAGGAGUGUUGCAUGAAGCAUGCCCCCCUCAUAUAAAUGUAGCCGUUCGAGAACAAAAUAUGUUUGAUGACACUGGUGAAGAAUUUAAUUUCAUCGAUCCGUCGGUAUUCCUCUUGAAGCGUUUUCCUACUUCACAGUGGAAACAACACUGCAAUGAUUACUCAUUUGAGCAAAAGGGUCAAGUGGCAGAUGAGGGAGAUGCUUCAGCUCAUCCCAGGUCCAAACAGUCGGUCGUCCAUAGACGGGGGUCAGAUGAAGGGAUCAAAAAAGAUGUUAACAAUAUCAACUGGGGCAAUUUGACAACUCUUCAAGCACAACCACUGAUUCACAAAACAGAUAUUUCCAAGAAACUUUUGCAAAACCUUUUGGAAAUAAUUUUAAAGCAAGAGGACAUCCAUAAUACAAGCAAUACUUUGAAUAGAUCAAUUACUGAAGUAUUGGAAUCAUUGCCUCGAGAUCAAUCUAGAGCGGCAUUGGAUAUUUUAAAGUCUCUGGUUAACAAAACCCUAGAAAAAAACAUGAUAGGUUUCAAGGAAAAGGUUUUUAGAGUCUUAACCAGGGAGCAGCAGAUUUCUUUAAUGGAACAGUCUUUACUUCAAAUUUCAAAAAAGUGUCCAUCGUUAAAACAUUCAAUUCCUCAAGGUAUCAAUAUUCUGUGUAAAGCACACUUUGACUGUAACGGAAUGACAUGUACCUUGGCACUUAAAAAUGAUGUAGAAAUGAUUGAAAUUGACUUCACCUACAGGUUUGAUCCUACAAACAGCCAGUUUUUUAUAUACGUCAACAAUCGCCUUGAACUUAACAUCACAUCAGAUACAAAAGAGAUUAAUGUUCAUUUGGAUGAAGAGAAAUAUGCAGUGAUGACUGUUUCAAUCAUCAAACAUGUUAACUUCACAAAAGUGAACUUCUUCGGCCAACUUUGCAAUUAUAUGACAUUUGAUUGCUUUGAGAAAAAUCAAAUUUUGGGGAAUAUUCAGUACAAAAAUAUAAACCCGAAUACAACUAAAACAAUUAAACGCAAACGACGAUCAUCUAACAGUAUUGCAAAUUAUUUGAAAUCAACAAUGACUAUCGAGAGAAAAAGUACAUCGAUGAAGGAUAUUCUUAAACAAUUUGACGAAUUUGAAGAAAAUCAUGAAAUUACUGCCGGGGCAUCAAUCAGAAUUUUUUCAAGAGAGGAGACACCUGAGAGAGAUGACGAUUUUUUGGAAAAAGUAAUCGAGAGAAUUAAGGAAGAUGCAUCAAAGGUAAAAGAGAAUAUUAAUAUGAAAGAUGCAACAAAAGCACUUAGGAACGGAGAUACUUCAUAUUUCAAAAACAUAUAUAACAAUGUUAAGAAUCAAGUGAAAGAGACCACAAAAUUCAUAAGCGAUAAAGUUAAUCAGGUUAAGAGUGCCAUAGAAUCGAAACGAAACUAUAUCGAGAAAAACGUAGGAAAGGUUCAAGUUCAAAAGGCGUGGGGAAAUGAUGACAAUACAGAACAUGGAAAUGAAGAAAAUAGUGGAAAUGAAAACGAAGAUAUAAAAAAAAUUCAGAAAGCAAACAGACUUCCAAAACCGUCUCUUGCAUUUUCCGCUUCAGCAUCAGUAACCAUGUCACUUCAGGAUAUUUGUGCAGGAGCCAACGUGGGAUUCAAUUUUGAUCUUCCUAUUUUCCGACUGAGGUUUUAUUACCCAUGUGGUCCCGUAUUUUUCUCAAUGCGAUUAGGAGCAGAUGCCAGCGUGGGAUUUACAGCGGGGACAAGUUCCUGCAUUGUAGCCGGAUUCCUAAGG